AUGUCACGUACCUUGAUCAUUUUGGAUUCUGUGAGUGCAAGCAGUGUGUUCAUUAUACUUCUACUUGUCACAGCAACAGCUAGCCAGGUACGCUGCUUGAACAUCAACUACAGAAGCUUCCCUGAAAAUGUUAGAAACAAUUUUAUUUUCGAAGGUCAAUCCAACAUGAUCCAAAAUAUUCUACAAGUAACCAAUGGCCUUCCUGGAAACCUGUCAGCUAAUCUGCAAGGAAGAAUCUUAUACAAAAAUAGACUGAAGUUAUGGAGAAAAAGUCACCGAGUCUCUUCUUUCAACACAAGAUUUGUAUUGGCAAUCGCCCCUCAGUCUAAUCCUCCUGGUGAAGGUCUCGCGUUUAUUCUAACUAGGGACCCUCAGGUUCCAGAAAAUAGCUAUGGCCAGUGGUUGGGAAUAACAAAUGCUGGUAAAGAUGGUUCCCCUGGAAAUAAAAUAGUCGCGUUUGAAUUUGAUACAAGAAAGAGCUUCAGAGAAGAUGUUGAUGAUAAUCAUUUUGGUGUAAACAUCAAUAGCAUAAAAUCUAACAGGACGACUUCACUGACCCAAUUUGGAGUUAAUCUUUCGAGUCUUAAUCCUGUCACUGCUACAAUUGACUAUGAUGGCACCAAGAAAAUGGUGAAUGUAAGAGUUUCGAUGAACAAAAGAGGAGAAAACUCUGAAUUCCCAAUCCUUUCCAUGCCUCUUGAUCUAUCUACACACCUUUCGGAAGAUGUUUAUGUUGGAUUCUCUGCCUCAACUGGAACAGGUAUUCAACUGAACUGCAUAACAGAAUGGUACUUCUCCAGCAGUGACAUUGAGAAAUAUAAUGCAACCAACUUUUAUGUUGCUAUCCUGAUUCCGCUUAUAUCUGUAAUUUGUAUGGGUAGUCUAGCAUGUUGCAUUUACUGGAGAAUGAAAUGGAAAAGGAAAUGUACAAAGGAUAAGGAUGGGAUCUUAGAUGUAGAGACUCAAUGUUCAAUGUUGAGUCCUAAGAAAUACCGAGGAGGAUUUGGCAUAGUAUACAAGGGAGUGUUGAAUGGUAAAGAGGCGGCUGUCAAAAGAAUCACAAGGUCUACAAAGCAAGGAAAGAAAAAUUUGAUUGCGGAGGUAACCACUAUUGGUGGCAUCCACCAUAAGAAUCUUGUGGAUUUGAUGGGAUGGUGUUAUGAAAACACUGAGCUCUUGCUUGUUUAUGAGUUCAUGCCAAAUAAGAGCUUGGACAUGCUCAUAUUUUGUGAUGAUCCAAACCCGAAAGUAGGGGGGUCAAUGACACUGAAUUGGGGAAGAAGGCAUACUAUCAUAUGUGGUGUGGCUCAGGCUAUUGACUAUCUUCAUCAUGAAUGUUCAAAAAGGGUGUUACACCGAGACAUAAAAACCAGCAAUGUGCUUUUGGAUGCAGAGCUUAAUGCUCGUUUAGGGGACUUUGGCCUUGCUCGAACCUUCAAAUUAGGGGAAAAAACUCACCACACUAGCAAAGAUAUCUCAGGAACACCAGGGUAUAUGGCUCCUGAAAUUUUUCUGACAGGGAGAUCAACAACUGAGACUGAUGUUUAUGCCUUUGGUGUUCUGAUGCUGGAGGUAGCCUGUGGAAAAAAGUUGGAUAUUCAGACAAAAGACGAUGAAUUUAGAGUAAGCAUCAUUGACUGGGUUUGGGAAUUUCACAAACACGGAAUUCUUACUGAUGCUAUUGAUCCCAAGUUGAAUAACCAAUAUGACAAGAAACAAGCUGAGUGCAUGCUGGCCUUGGGAUUGGCCUGUUGCCACCCAAACCCGUAUAUAAGGCCAUCCAUGAGAAUUACAUCACAGGUCCUCUCAGGAGAAGUAGUUCCCCCGGAUGUCCCCUUGGAGAAGCCUGCCUUUAUGUGGCCAGCUAAUGCACCCAGUACUUAUCGAACACUGGAUCAUUGUUCCACUGGUGGCAUAAUGAGUUCAUCUACUGAUAUAAGUGGGAGAUAAAUACAGUGGCCAAUAUGCUUUAUUCAUGAACUGCUACAAGUACGAGUAAACUACAAAUUAUAGUGUAUUAUUGUAUAUAGUAUCUUUAAAUUAUGUUUCUCUAUAUUAUCUUGAAAGGAACAACAAUAAUUUUUUUGUUGUGAGCU